AUGGCGUCAACAAUCACAGAAGCUCAGGCGGAGCUGAUUCGAUCUCUCUCCCCCGACGAUAUUCCCAUCAAGUUGCGAUGCGCGAUCUGUAAAAAGAAGCGCGAAGCGAGCCGACCGAAGGAGGCUAAAGACUCGGAGCCUGCAACGCCCGUUGAACCAACGAAGCAAACCCUCACAGCUAUCGAAACAUCUGUGGCCGAGAUAUCGUCAGAACAGAACUCGGGGGUGGACGCGACAUCUGGCCAAGUCGAUGGCACCGAUAACGUUGAUGAAGGCCCUCUUGCUCAGUCCUCUAUUCAGGACAAUCCUCAUGAUGGUACUCCUGCCCCUGAUGGCCCCGAACAUGAUGAGGCAGGUGAUAAUCAAAACGCGACUACGGGAGACAGUGCAGAGGAGGCAGGCGUUGAGAAUCCUGACGAGGAGGCUCUAACGAAGCAGGAUGUCGUAGGAGACGCAAACGGCGAAGGCGAAGGCGAAGGAGACGAGAACCAACAAGGAGACGACGAUAACGAGGGGAUCCAAGAAAAGCCUGACUCGGAAUCCACGAAUGGAAACUUUCCAAAUGGCAGUUUCUCCGGCUCCAAUGAUUUCAACCAGAUGCAGAUGAUGAUGGCUAUGCAGAAUGGUAUGGCGCCGAGCUCUUUCGGCGGCUUCCCCAUGAUGGGUAUGCCGGGCAUAGGCAUGGACCCGAUGACGAUGCAGAGCAUGUACAUGAACGGUGGCUUUCAAGGCAUGGGCAUGAACGGCAUGGGUGGCUUUGGGGGUGGAUUUGGCCAAGGCUCCAAUAAUAACUGGAACGGUUCUCAAUCGUGGAAUUUCGACCAGAAUAAUUACAAUCAAAAUGGCCCUGGUGUGGCAACAGGUGAUUUUGGAGGCUUUAACUCAGGAUUCCAGACAGGAUACAAUCAAGGUAAUUAUGGUCAAUUCAGUGACUAUCGUCGCAACAAUUUCGGACGUGGUCGAGGCCGCGGCCGUGGUUACUACGGAGGCUACGGCCGUGGAGGUUACCAAUUCGGAGGUAACACCCACUAUCAGGAUCAAGGUCAAUUCUCUCAGUACGGAUCCAGUCAGAAUGGCCAGAACAGUAUCGAUCAGGAUGGCCAGCAAGUGGAUGAAAAUGGCCAGCCUAUUCAAGGGGACGGUACUGAAGGGGGUGAUGAGACGAAGAUUUCAAGUGCUGGACAAGCUGAUGGAUCCGGUGAGGCCACGGGCAAUGAGGCGUCUGGCGAUGCUUCCUCCAUAACACCUAACAUGGGAACUGGUGCUUCCGUUAUUCGUCCAGUUCCAGCUCCAGAUGUUCCGUUUAAUGCACCUACGGGCCCCAAAGCUAUGAGGCAAGGUCUUCCUAACACAAGUCUUCAUCAUCUUCGAGCGCGUGGGUAUCAGGUGGGAAGCGAAGCUCCGCCCGGCAAGCUGACUCCUUCAGCAAAGGACAGCCCAGCCGAGCGAGGCCGGUCCAGGAGUAACUCUUUGGCCCCAAGCCGUGCUGGUACAGAUGUUCACGAGAAAGAUAAGGAUCACGAGUCCCAACGUGAGCAUAGCAAAGACCGAUCUCGCGAUCAUGACAAACGCGAUAGAGCAUCUGAUGACCGCUACCAUGAUCAAAACCAUACGGGAUCAGCGUCUCGAACUGUCAGCAGGAGUCGUAGUCGGAGCAGAGGGCAUAGAAGCUCUCGACGACGUAGACGUUACCGCUCAGAGUCCCUCCAGGAUGAUAUUUACGAUGAUGUUUCCCGGCGCAAGAAGCAUCGAAGCCGACGUCAUUACUUGGACGACGAAGAAUCCUCUCGUUCCAAGGAUAAGGACAAAGACAAGGACGAAAGAUAUACUGAUCGAAACCGCUCCACGUCACCGGCAGAGUCCAAACGAUCCAGCCACCGCAGCCGCCGUGAUAGAGACUCGGAUAAGCGAAAGGAUCGAGAGAGGGACAAAGACGACCAUCGUAGUGAUGAUCGCAAGAAAUCCAGCCAUCGCUCCUCGUAUCGGGACAGGGACUAUGAUCGCGAGCGUCGUCGAGACAAGGACAGAGAUCGUAGCGACAAAGACCGUAAAGACCGUAAAGAUCGACAUCGGGAUAGGGACCGACGCGAUCGCGACCGGGAAAAGGACAGGGACCGUGAAAGUCAUCGAGAGCGCGACUCGAAAUAUGGCAGCAAACACCAAUCGACUGAUGCCGGAGCUGCUUCCAACGAUAAAGACAUGAAGCAUGCCUCGGGCACUCGCAGCAACGACGCAAAGCCCAGCUCACUUAGUCGAACCGAGAGCUCAAGCAAAGAUCCUCACACCCUCGAACGUGAAGCUCGCGAUCGAGAACGUCUGCUGAAAGAAGCGCAACGCAUUGCAGGCAUGACAGGUUGGAAGCGUAAUCGUGGUGAUGAUGGCGUCGACACGGGCUCACGCAAAGGACGCCGAACCGCAUCUUCAACAUCAGCUCGUCGAAGUGAGGUCAUCAACGGCGGUGACGAGGAGGAAAGAAUGCGAAGACUCGAAGCAGAAAGAGAAGGCGAUCGAUGGGGCUAG